AUGGGUGGAGUCCUAGUGGGUGAGAUGGCAUUCCUGGACGUGGUGCUGGCACCCCAGUGGGCAAACACCCCAGGUGAUGGCCACAACCAGCUGAAGUACCCUAGAGGUGCUCUUGCAUGGCUGCUUCUGGGAACUGCAACCUCCAUGGGACUUUGGCUCUCAGAGAUCCUGGAAGAGAUUGGCACUCAUCCCCACACCUUUCACACGCUGCCAGGCCCUGUUCACAGGAAAGCCCGUGUCCGUGCCUCCUCUGUGGUCCUGUCUGAAACCAUGAGGAUUGUUUCCAAGCUGACUCACACCACUAAUGUCAGGGAGCCGUGUCACACGGCGCUGGGCUCUGCAAGCUGUUGCUUGCGCGAUCCCAGCCGCCGCCGCCGCUCGCCGGCGGUGCACCGGGGUCCGCUUUCCAACGUGGUCCCUUCACCCGGGCUCCGCUGUUGCCUUCUCCACACUUGUUUGAGACCUGGCAAGGUGCGGAACCCUCCAGAAGUGCGGUCAAGCGGCGGCAGUGGCGGCGGCAGCGCAGACGGCGAGCCAAGAACCUCCCCUCGCGUCCCCAACUUCCCGGUGAUGCGGCGGAACCCCGGAGAAAGUUCGCAAACUUGCAGCCGGCGCGGCGAAGACGCCGGGUCACCUAGGGGGCGGGCGAGCGGGCGCGCGGGGGGCUCGCUCCCUGCCGGGUGUCGAGCCUGCUGCUGCCACCUCUCCCGCAGGGCUGCCCGCCGCAGCUGGUGGGCGCGCGCGCCCGGGAAGGGGACGUCGCCCUUGAACGGCACUUGGCUUUCGCUCCAGGCGCGGAAGGCUCGAAAGUGGCGAGGCUCUACUCGCGUUCACUCCUCCAGCCGCCUCCUGCCUCCGUCCGGUUCUCGCUGGCAUCAUUACCUCUUCCCCGCCGCUGCCUCAAAUGACAGCUCUCGCUUUUGCCGCGGCGGCGCGGUGGCAGUUUCCAGGAGCCGGCGGCUGGAGCCUUCCUCUCUGGCAGGUUCUCCACGGAACCGCUUAAACUUUUCGCGAAGUUCUCAGAGCGGCAAGACGUGCGAAGGAACCAAGGAGAUGUUUUUUCUCGGCAUCUGCAUCCCGCUUCUUCUUUGCCAUAGAUUUAUUUCCGGGGGCGGGAAGGGGGGUGUAUCUGGUAGAUAAAGCCCCAGACCUUGCCCACCUCCUCCCCAACUUUUCUUGAACGGGUACUGCACUCACUUGAUGCUUGUUCAAGGCCAGGCACUGGAGUGGGUGCUUGUAUGUUUCGUUGUCGGAGUCCGCAGAGUGUGCUUGAUUUUUAUUUUUCCCUCCCUCUCUGACAUGUGUCAAGGAAUAAAGGCUGGAUACAGGUCCAUUACGUCAUUCUGCAGGCCAGUAAGUGUUUGAUUAACAGCUUCAGAUACUCAAGGGUUCGGGGGCUUAGAAAUGCUGACAAAGCAACUCUGCUUUCCAUCCCCAGCCCCCAACAUACUCGUACAAUUGCCUGUUCCCUGGGCAUCUUUAUUGCCCUCUCCUCCCGGACCCCUCCUUCUCCACUCCCUCUCCCGCCCGCACCGUUAUCACUCUGGCCCCGCCUUCCCCUUUUACUGCUUUCCCUGGGGCGAUCACUGUCCCUGGAGUGUGGGUAAGAGCUUCUGGCGUCUGAGGGGAGCACAGUACCUGAUCAGCGCACACACAAUCUGCCCUGUUCUAUUAUUUAAGGAAGGCACCAGCAAGCCCUCUUCUCUAGGGCGAAAAUGCUCAGCCCUGAUAGAAAAGGCAUCUUAGGAAAUGUUUAGAGACGUUAUGAUGAUACUGUGUCCCUGUGGUGACUUAGGAAAACGACACACCCACUGCAAACAAAGUGCUUAAUUCUAUAGAGCGCCUUCCUCCAACCGUUUAGCCGAGGAGGGAAGACGAAGGGAGGAUGCUGACUAAAUCAAAUUUAGCUGAAAGGAUCAAGAUUAAACGUUUCAUUUCCAAAGUGAGGGAAUGUGAGUGUUUGAACUCAAAGUACCAUACAAUAAAUUGGUGCGUGUGUUACUUUCUUUCUCUUAACCUUAAGUUUCUGUAUUUAAAGAGGAUGUUAAAUACAUAAGUCACUGAAUUGAGUCAGAAUCUGCGUAUCUGGCAGUUGAAAUAACAACACUGUGUAACAUAUUUAAGGGAUAAAAAUAAAAAGAAAUCUUAGUAGUGGGGGUGAGUGUGCAGCAGAAA